CCUGGCUUUCUAAAACGUGUAUUAAUCGGUUGACGGUCGCUACGUGUGUCGCAGCUCUCAUAACAAUGUGUAUUAUUUAAAAUUGUUUCAUCUUAAAUUCUUAAUUUUUUUUUACGUUGUGGGUAAAUUUUUAAUUAUAAUAUCAACAUGAAUAUUAGACAAAGUUCUGUUUUAACACCUAAAGAAUCCAAUAGUUCCACAGGACUAAUUAGUAUACAAUCAUCAGAUUUCGAUUUAUUUUAUAAACGUAAAUCGUUUUGUCAAAAAAACUUUUAUCUCUUAUGGUUUGUAGCAAUUAUCUUGUGUAUUAUAGUUAGUACAUUGUUUUAUUUCUAUGCCGAUAGAAUUUAUGAAAAAGGUAAUUUUUCGAAUAAAUUUGUUGAUAUACAAAAAAAUUCACAGUUGGUGAACGAAAAAUCAAAUUUAAUCGAAAAUCAUAAUCAAGAUAAUUCAAAUUUUUUUCAAAAACAAAUAAAGCGUUUUAAAAAUCAAUUCAAUGAAUUUCACGAACAAAAAAUUGCAGUCACGGACGAAUUAAAUAAAGGUAUAAAAGAUAUGAGCUUUGAAAUUAAACGGCUCUACGAUGGUCUAACAUUAUUGGGAAGACACGUAAGUCGAGAAAAACGAUCUCUCAACCAAGGACAGGCAGCAAUGGCUGAAUGCGUUGAAAUGAAAGAAAAAUUCAAUAAAAUUUAUAAUGAAUUAAAUCAGAUUUACAAAACAUUAACAAAAAUGGAUGAAAAUGGUAUUUGUCGUUGCAAAUGCCCUAUAAAUAUAUCACGAGCAGUUGAUGAAUCUUCUCAAGACACUGAUAUCAUAACUGAAACCACAACAGUUGAUGAUCAAGAUGAAACAGAAAACAAUACAACUUUUGUAACUCAGAAAAAAAGGAAAAAAAUUGUUAGUGUGUUUAACUAUAAUCCUUAUAGUAAUCCUGAUAAUUUUAUUGACAAUAUUGAAAAUCAAGUUGGAACAACUAUGUUAGAUGAUAUUACCGAUGGUAAAACGACCAAUGAUUCUCCAACUAUUACAACGAAUGAAGAAUCUGGAAAAAAAAUUUCGACAGAAAUUGGAGAUGACUUGACAUCAGCUAGUUCAAUAAAGUUUACUCAAACAGCUAACACCAAUGGAUUUAGUAAUAUACAUAAUACAGAUAUAAUAACAUUUGAUGAUCUCGCCAAUAUUGGUGUGAUUACGCCCGAAACACAAACAAUCACUUCUGAUCAUUUAAUGAUAGACAACAAUAGUCAAAAGAAAAGUAUGAUUAUUCCAAGAUCUAAUGAAGCGGAAGUAACCGAAUAUACAAUGGCUGAUAAAAAAAUUACUGAAACAACAUUAAAUACAGUUACUUCAAAAAAUAUUGUAAUAAAUAGUACUGAAAAUAGUAUGGUUACUAGUACUGAAAAUAAUAUGGUAAUUAGCACUGAAACUAUUAUAACAAACACAACCGUAAAAACGAUAAAAGAACAAAAAAAAAAUACCAACAAUACAGAAUUAAAACCAAAUUGUGAGCAAGCAUUAAACAACCAACCAUUAUGGACUCCCGUGUGUUUUUAUCCAGUAGCAUGUUAUCCAAAUAUGUUAAAUUGUCAACAGGAAAAAGAACAAAAAGAUAGUAUUAAAUUUAAUGCUCAGUCACUCAAUACUCACAAGAAAAAAUCUCCCAAAACAGAUGCUACAAUAAUUCAAAAUAGUUACCCAGUUAUGUCUAUUUGUCCACCUGGUAUAGAAUGCAGUGUACCAGCUUACUCUGGACAAGCUAAUACUUUACACUGUAUGCUUACUACGUCUACUAAAAUAACUGGAAAGUAUCAUAAUAAUAACGCAAGAGAUUCAGAAUCGAAUGAAAGAAAUAUACGUUCAAAAGAUAUCUCCAUAACACCUAAAGCUAUAAAUGAACCGGAAGAAUAUAAAGAAAUUUUAACUGGAACUUUAGCAUGUCCACCUAGUACAUAUUCUUGCUUGGAUAAUUCAGCAUGCGUAGACAACGAAGAUUGGUGUGAUGGUAGAAUACACUGCAACGAUGCAAGUGACGAAACUCAAUGUACUUGUAAACAAAGAAUUGACAAGGAUAAGUUAUGCGAUGGAUAUUAUGAUUGUCCAAAAGGGGAAGAUGAAUUAGGCUGUUUUGGCUGUAAUAAUGAAUCAUUUAGCUGUGGCGAUUGGAAUAAUGCCUUACAACAAUCGACAUGUUUUGAAAAAGAAAAACGAUGUGAUGGUUUAAAACAAUGUCCAAAUAAUUACGAUGAAAACGAAUGUAAUUUACUAUCAGGAAAAAUUGAAGACUCAAAUCAAAGGUUCUUUGUAUCUUAUUCUUCUGGAUUAUUACAUCAUAAUUGGAAAGGUAAAUGGUAUCCUGUAUGCAGUGGCGAUAAUUUAGAUAAAUUAGCAGAUGAGGCUUGCAGUGUUGAAUCUGGGAAAAAGCUUAAGCCUCAUAAAAUAGAAUUUGUUACUGAACCAAUUAGUUAUACAGGACCUUAUUUAAGUAUAUAUAAUAACAAUAUUGAAUUCGAAGAUUCGUGUCAUUACCAAGGAGUUUUAGUUCAAUGCGGUGCUGCAGACUGUGGUACGCGAUCUAAUUUCAAACUAAGCAAAAAUUUGAAUUUAGAUAGAUCAAGAAGAAAUUCAGAAAUAAGUGAUUCCAUGAAAAAUUCUACACUUGAUGAUCAAAUAGAAUCUAAUCGUUUUAGAGUAGUCGGGGGUAUUUCAAGUAAUCCAGGAGCUUGGCCAUGGCUUAUUGCCAUGUAUCAGGAUGGUAUUUUUCAUUGUGGUGGUGUAAUUCUCAAUGAAAAUUGGAUUAUAUCAGCUGCUCAUUGUGUACAUCAAUAUAAGAAACACUUUUAUGAAGUACAAGCUGGAAUUUUACGAAGAUUUUCGUUUUCACCUAUGGAACAAUUAAGGGUAGUAACCCAUAUCAUAGUACACGAAGCUUAUAGUAAAACUACAAUGAAAAAUGAUUUAGCAUUAUUGAAAUUAGACCGAGGACUUGAAUUUAAUCGAUGGGUUCGACCAGUUUGUUUACCAGACCGGAAACUAACUUGGAUUCCAUUCCCUGGUACAUUUUGCACUGCUGUUGGUUGGGGAGCUCUUGUCGAACAUGGACCCGAUCCGGACAAUAUGCGCGAAGUCGAAGUUCCAAUAUUAUCUGAAUGUAAUCAUAAGGAAGAUCGUGAAGGCCAAGAAAUUUGCGCGGGAUACUUGGCCGGUGGUCACGAUACAUGUCAAGGAGACAGUGGAGGUCCUUUACUUUGUAAAGAACCUAAUAAUUUAAAUAAAUGGUACGUUGGUGGAAUUGUUAGUCAUGGAGAAGGAUGUGCAAGACCUAUGGAACCUGGAGUAUACACUCGUGUUGCAUUAUUUAUGGAAUGGAUUUUUGAAGCUACCGAUGAAGCUAAUUUGCCAAUAGAACAACCACGUAUGUCCUGUCCCGGAAUGAUUUGCAAAAGUGGAAAAAAAUGUAUUCCAAAGAAGAGACAAUGUGAUAAAUAUGUUGACUGUAUGGAUGCAGAUGACGAGUUCAACUGUGAUUAUAUAGGUUCAGAAAUACAGGCAAAUUUCUAUAACUCACGCCACUCAGAUCAUACUAGUAUAAGAUUUAAAAGUGUAAACCGUCAUAAUGAUGAUCGAUUUGCAAUGAAUGGUACAUCAACACCAAAUCCUAAAUCAGAAACGCAAACUGAAUUUACUAAAAUAUUAAUAACUACUAAAAAAAUAAAAGUGGACACAACAACCCCAAAAAAUAAAAUUACUUCAAUUUCGUCAAUUAAAACAAAAACAAACUCAAGUAAAGCAAUAAAACAAGCAGCAAAUUCCCGAACGGAAACUUUAGUAAAAUAUUUAAGUAUAUUUGAUUUUAUCAUAUUCAGUAACCAAUCUUCUGAAGAACCAUUUAGUUGUCGAAGAUACUCCCAGAUGAUUCCUUUAAAUCAUCGCUGUGAUGGAAAGUUGGACUGUGAAGAUGGUUCUGACGAAGAAUUCUGCAGUUGUAAAAUGCGAUUAACAGCAAUGUUUAAUUCAUCGGCAAUUUGUGACGGCGUAAUGGACUGUUUUGAUGGUAGUGAUGAGCAAAAUUGUGGUAUAAAGUGUGAAGAUGAUGAAGUAAUCUGUGGUUUGUCUAAACAAUGUAUUAAAAAAAACAAGUGGUGUGAUGGAAUUAUAGAUUGUAAUGAUAAAAGUGACGAAAAAGACUGCAUGAUACUCACAAAUGGUACAAUCCCUAUAGAAUUAGAUGCAUCAAAACGACCUGUACUAAAAAAUUCAGGCAUGGUCACUAUCAAUCGUCAAGGUGUUUGGACGAUUAUGUGUGUCGAUGAAAGCGAAUAUGUCAAAAUAGCACAUGAUGUUUGCUCAAAUCUUAACUUUAUAGGUUCGGAAUUUUCAAAAGCAAAAAUGAUUUUGAACGAAUCUAGAGAUUUAUUAAAAAAAAAGAAAAAUGUAGAGGCUAACGAUUUUUGUCCUGGUCUUUAUGUCGAAUGUGAAAAAAAAAUAAAUUUACUAAAUGAUGGAUUAUUAUCUUGGCACGUUGACAUUUUUAAAAAUGGAAAUAUUAUUCAACCAGGAAUAUUAAUAAAAGAUUCUUGGGUGCUAACAAAACAAUCUUCUUUCAAUGUCGAUGAAGAUUACUUCACGGCUGUAUUAGGAAAUAAUAAAUACUCCAGUAAAUGGAUUAAGUCACCUUUUGAACAAAUCACACAAAUUGAUGGUGUAGCAAGUAUUCCUUCAACAGAUUUAUCUCUUUUACAUUUAAGAUAUUCGGCUAAUAUAAGUAGAGCUGUUAUACCCUUAGAAAUACCAAUGUGGCAACCAUCUUUAGAAUCUAAUAAUAAUUGCUUUGCAAUUGUUUACUUACAAAAUAACCAAGUUGAAAAUAUUCUUCUACAGCCUAUAACUGUUGGAUGCGAUGAAAAUCACGCAUGUUUCUCUGUUUCUCAAAGACCAAAAUAUUGUAAGUCCAGAAGAAAUGCAUCUCAUUUAACUGGAGUCGUUUGCAGUUCAAAACGUGGUUUGUUUUUGGCGGCCACUGUACCAAGCUCAUAUAAUGAAACCUUGACUCUCUGUAACCCCGACUCCCGCAUUGAACUACCUAAAGUUGAUGACCUAUUACCUGCUAUAACAAUAGCAAUGGACCAAAAAAUUAUACAAGAAACUAUUCCCCAGUGCGAUGGUAAACGUUGUCAACUGGGUAAUUGUGUACCUUGGGAAAAAAUUUGUAAUGACCAAUGGGAUUGUCGGAAUGGUCAAGACGAGUCUAUUAAAUUGUGCUACGAACGACAAAAUAAAUGUAAAACUAACGAAACCUUAUGUAUAUGCGGUGUGGGAGGUUUCAAAUGUCAUAACGGUAAAUGUGUACCCAAAACAGCAUUUUGUGAUGGUGUUGAUCAGUGUGGUGAUGGCACCGACGAACCAACUACUUGUCAAAUAAAUACUUGUGUUGCCUAUCUCAAUUUAACUGCUCCUGAAAGACUCUGUGAUGGCCGGUGGGAUUGUGAAGAUAAAAGUGACGAAGAUUCUAGUAUUUGCUCAUCUUCAUACUGUAGCAAACAAAACGUCUACCACUGUCAAUCAUCAUCCAAAUGUAUUUCAAAUGAAUUUGUAUGUGAUGGAGAAGAAGACUGUCCUGAAUCCGACGAUGAAGCAAAAUGCAUAGGACUACUCAAAACUUCUGGAAAAAAGAAUGAGGGAACAUUAGCAACGAGGUCAUUUGGUGUUUGGCAUCCUCAAUGUAUGACAGAAGAUUAUACCGAUUUAGAUUAUAAUUCACUGUGUGAAACGUUAGGGAUGAAACAGGCCAAAUGGAUAAAGAAUACAACCAGCUCAAAAAUCGAUUUUGAUAACUUUACAAGCAUUCAGUUGAACUCAAAAACUGAAGUUGUCAUAAGGUCUUCGAACAAAAACUUUGUAAAGGAAUCCAAUGAAUUAUGUCCUACAGUUUAUAUUGCUUGUCUGAGUUAAACUUAAAUACUAGUUAUUGUUAUUGUAAAUAAAUACUAUAAGAGUAGGUUUUAAGACUGUCUAGCUACACAAUAUGUUUAGACCUUAUUUAUAAAAAAUAAAUGUUGCAUCAUUAAUUAUUUUAUAUAAUGGUUAAUUGUUAUUUUAAAUAAAUAAAUACAAUACAUACUAAU